CAGCGUGAAGACGUUUUGACGAGUUGCUGGAGGCUUGAGGCGGAGAUAUAAAAGGAGCGCGCGCCGGUUGCCCUUUCUCUUUGUGACUCGUGCUGAAGAUGACUAAAAAGCGAAGGAAUAACGGGCGUGCAAAGAAGGGCCGGGGCCACGUCCAGCCCAUCAGAUGCACGAACUGUGCCCGUUGCGUCCCAAAAGACAAAGCCAUAAAGAAGUUCGUCAUCCGUAACAUUGUGGAGGCUGCUGCAGUUCGAGACAUUUCGGAGGCCAGUGUCUUUGAUGCAUAUGUGCUGCCCAAGCUGUAUGUAAAAUUGCACUACUGUGUCAGCUGUGCUAUCCACAGCAAAGUGGUGAGAAAUCGCUCGCGAGAGGCCAGGAAGGACCGCACUCCACCUCCACGUUUCAGGCCAGGUGCCAACAUCCCACGUGGUCCUCCUCAAAAGCCGAUGUGAGCAUUGCUGGAUCCUAUAAAUUGAUUUGAAAGAAUAAAGAUGCUGAAUAACUGAAA